UAAAAUCCGAGUUUAAGAAGAUGAAUUGUAGAAAUAGGCGGGAAAGCUUGCUAAGCAAAAACAAAUGUACUGGACUUCCGCAUUUGGAUUCGUCACAACCACAAAGUUGCUCAACUGUUGCUCAGAUCAUCAAGUGCUGCAUUUGAAGACACUGCCACCUGCUGACAUGUGCCUCAAAUGUGAUGAUCAAAGAGUCCUCAACAGCCAUUUGAGUUAGAUAGCUAGAUAGAUUUUAUUUGACAGUUAUAAAUUACGACCAGGGGGAGAUACCACCAGUCCAGUCCCAUACAAGCCUUUCCUGUGACGUAUUAUGCGCGCCCAUAAAACUGUGACCUAUUGUGACGUAACCAAGCAUAAAUUCACUACAUAAACUGUGUUCAGCUUUGAUAUCAUCAGUACAAUCGCUUUCUUCAGUCAGGUUGUUUCAGGUGCAUAGUCUGCCCUAGCUGACACUGUGCAGAGAAUAAAUACUACGAUUGGAAACGGUUGGAUAGACCCGUCCUUGGAGUUUAGAACGUCUGUUGAAUCCAGUGAGGGUGAACACCCCUGAUUCUGUGAUGUGGCCAACAGGCAAAGUGCGCAGAAGGCCAAGGCCUUCUACUUCAGUGCAGACCCCUCAGAUCCACAAAAGGCCUCCAAUCAUUGUGAGCUGUGGGCAGGAACAGACAUCUGGGGAUGGAUGGGACAUCAAUCCAGAGACUCUUAGCCAGUCUGGAAGGGUGACUCGGCUGAUGGAUAGAAAUUAUGAUGGGGUGAUCUCAUCCUCCAACUCUGACAUCUCUAUCUACUCCUUCACUGACUGUGAAUCUGAGUCUGAUGAUGAGGAUCAUGAAAGGAGGACACCACCGCUGAAAGUGAAGGAUGAGGAGGAUGGAAAGGUGACAAGGCUUAAAGUGAGGGAUAUGGUAGAGGACGACGAUCUUUCUCUCCACUCCUUCGAUGAGUCAGACUUUCUGCGUGAUAAUGGCAAUGAUGCCUCUGCUGAGGACAGUCCAGGGCCUUCAAAGGAACCACUGAGAAAAGGGGCUUCACUGAAGGACCCUCGACUGAAGGUGUCACGCCAGAUGGAGGUGGUCCCUACUGUCCCGGCCCUGCAGGCAGCAGCUGGACAAGAAGACACAGUGGACCAACACCAACGAGGAGAGCCUGAGGAGAAUUAA